AACCAUCAUCGAUCUCCAGUAACAGGCCGCACCUAUUCUCUUCGUCUCUGCGCCAUUUACGCAGCGCACUUUCUGCUUCCUACUCCAGCGAAUCCCCUCACAGACCUUGUAUAUCAGUGUGGUACAACUAUUGCCUCGGCCUAUCACCCGUGCGACCCACUCCGCACGCCAACGAAGCAACGGAGCUUCGCGCCUCGAGUCAACACCGCCGUACCUAGCCUUUACACUCCACACAACACAUUACACCAUGGCGUCAAGGAAGAAGGUCCUCCUCAAGGUCAUUAUCCUCGGAGACAGCGGGGUCGGCAAGACCAGCUUGAUGAACCAAUAUGUCAACAAGAAGUUCAGCGCAAGCUACAAGGCAACCAUCGGGGCCGAUUUCCUCACAAAGGAAGUGCUAGUCGACGAUAGACUGGUCACGAUGCAGCUCUGGGACACGGCUGGUCAGGAACGUUUCCAAUCGCUAGGUGUCGCCUUCUACCGUGGCGCCGACUGCUGCGUGCUUGUGUACGACGUGAAUAACUCGAAGAGUUUCGAUACCCUGGACAGCUGGAGGGACGAGUUUCUGGUUCAGGCCAGUCCUAUGGAUCCCGAGAGCUUCCCAUUCGUCGUCAUUGGAAACAAGAUCGAUGUGGAAGAGAGCAAACGAAUGAUAUCAUCUAAACGUGCCAUGACCUUUUGCCAAUCCAAAGGCGGCAUCCCCUACUUCGAGACGAGUGCAAAGGAAGCUAUCAACGUGGAGCAAGCGUUUGAAGUGAUUGCACGACAAGCCUUGGCACAAGAAGACGUUGGUGACUUUAGCAACGACUUCCCCGAGACAAUCCCGAUCGAUCUGAAGGGCAGCGAAGGCGGCUGCGCAUGCUAGUAAGCCAUGGCCUCACGAGCGUCGGCCAUGAGAGCCGGCAGUGUAGCUCUACCUGCCGCGAUGCCAUGUUGCAUUUGGAGUUGGUAUGGAGUCUGGUGUUUGACAUGCUUCUACGUAGGAGCGUUCGGUAUUCCUGUAAUUCAUCAUCAUCGGCUUUGAUCUCUGAUUGCCUCAUCUAUAUAACUGCCAGAAACGAUACGAAUACAUUUUAGCAUAUCCA